CUCCUUACUGGGAAGUGACUGUCAGGUUUACUGUACAGAAAGGGGUGUGUAGACAGACAACCGGAGGCCAUGGUGUAAUGCGAAAGGUAGUAUUUAAGCGAUUGGAAUUUUGAAUAUCAGCCCAGAGUUCAUGUAUUCUUCUUUGACACCCACCUUUUUGGACUUGGGAGAACAUACUUUGUGUUGGAACCGAGAGAGACAGAGGGAAAGAGAGCAGUACAAGGCAUUCACAGCUCCACUGUGGUGACUAUGAAGCAUCUUCAAGAACUGAGCACUUUCAAAGUUUCACUUUGAGACAACGUGGUCUAGAGAAGACAGACGAUUCUUGACAUUGAAGUGAUCAGUGAGGGAUUUUGGUAAGUAUUUAGGUAAUACAUUGCAUGAUGCUUUCGCAUGACUGGAAAUUAGUUAUUAUCGAUCACUUAAAAUAUAUUUAUUGGGUUAUUCGAGAUUGAGGUUUCCUGAAAACCCUCAGGUGUGGCCUUCCUCAAAGCUCACUACUUUACUGCAUGUGUGUCCCUAUGAAGCUUUUCCUACAUUCAUUGAAACAAUUGCUAUCUUUGAAUGAAACCUGAAUUGAGUUCACUCCUAACAUAAAUAUGUUUACUGUUAGAACCUUUGCUGAAUGUAAUGUGUAAGCAAUCCCAUUGAAAGCAAUCGCUUAAGAAGUAUUUGCUCGGAAUCAGGAAUUUUCCAGACUGUUCCACAGUUCAUAAAUAAUUAGCUAAAUUUUAAACUUGAACAGCAUGAUCAGUGAUUAGGCAGUUGGGCCUUAUCUUUCAGUUGCUGCACUGAUGAGUCAUAUCAUACAGAGGAGGAUCAGUUCACCAAUUGCAUAAGACAGAGAGCAGUGGCUUUCAUUUUAAAGAUUGUGAAACUUUUCCAGUAAUAAAAGGGAGUAGAUGGCUUGAAUCACCAGACGACACUAAAUUGGGAUUUUAGCAGGCCUCUGCAAUAAGGUGUUAAGAAGACAGCUAUACCUUUGAUGACAAAUGUAUCUCCAUUUCGUGUGAAUAAAAUGGACCUGCUUUGGGUAAGUUAGAAGACCUAUUUAAGAUGUCCUUAAGAUGAACUCUACCGGCAAGCCUGAUAGGAUCAGCACGGGAAGUUUGGGUAAGGGGACAAUGACAAAGACUUUUACAGACCAUAGUUCAACUGGUGCUCUACUAUGAGAACUGAAUUCCAUAGAUGGCUCGCUCAGGUAUCGUCUAUGGGCUCAGUUCUUUUGGCAUGGUACUCAUUUUCCAAACAUAUUAACCUCAAGAGAUACAAAUGAAGAAAAUGAACAAUGAAUUUCAUAUAAUCCACUUACGUGUAUAUUAACAUCUACCUGUUUCUGAUUCUAUUGUGUGGUAGUUGUAAUAAAAAAAAGUUUUACAUCAAACCCUUUAUUCAUUAACAGAUAACAGUAUAACUUGAAGAACUGCAAAGUCCAUUUGUGAUAAAGUGUGAAGAUGGAAAAGCUUGAUGUGCUGAUGUUGAGAGCAUUUCCUAGUAAAGAAUAUAAGAAGUAUCUACUUUGUUUCUGUUCCUUAUUUCACCACUACGCUCCAAAUGAUCCCUCUUUGAUUAGGUUUCCUGUCCAAUCAUUCAUCAUCUCAUCAUCUAAUGUAUAUUACCAAUCCAAAAAUAGAUGUCUAGCUCCACUCGGACGAACAGCUUUACUUAUAGAACAGACACCUACACAACAAUUUGUUUCAGAGCUGCUCAAGGCAAAGACUCCAGGCCCAGCACCAAUGUGUGACAGUAAAAAGGUGGAGAUCAGAGAUAAAAGAGGUGCCACAUGUGGUGCAUGGAUUCACAUAUGAAUGUGAAUAGUUUAGACAUAGGGCUUUACAUAGGAAAAGGCUCAUAGGCAAUGUACUACUAUAAACCAAGCUUAGGGGAUUGCUAGAUCAUUUAGAAAGACUGUCAUGGCGUUAUGGUGCAAUGAAUAAGUAAGAAAGGAAUGAGAGUUAAUGCUGUGGCCUAAGCCACAGCUUUAUUUAAACUUUGCCCACACCAAAACCUAUAUGCUAAAAAGAGCUUCAAUGUAUUACGUAAUUUCAUGGCAUUGUUCCAUUUAAAGAAAGAGGCCAUCACAUACUGAUAACGAUUUAUUGUAACAAUAGAAACGUAUCAACCUCAACACAUUUUUUUCCUUAUGAUAAAAAUGAGUGUAUGCCCUGACGUUUUGUUCUCCUUUAUAAAGGCCGCAUGUAAUCUCCAACUCCCAACCAUUUAUUGGGGUUUCAACUAAACCCAAACAAAGGGUGAUGUUUGUACAAAUCAUUCAUUGUGCACAUUUCACAAGGGGAAGAAAGUGUGCCCAGAUAAUAUGAUUCCCCCUGCAUAAGUAGUCUUAAUUAUUUUGCUGUUCACACACAUCAGACACAAUUAUCAAAAUAUACACUGAUUGGAUAUGGGCUACAAAGUUUGAGUACAUGGAUUUUACAUUCUGAAUAAUAUUAUAUACAUUCAUAUAUGCGUAAUUGACAGUUUACCAACCACAUAUUACAACUCUGUAAUACUUAUUAUAUAAUCUAUAUGUAGCUUCAUAAUAAAAACGAACCGAUCAUUGGAUAUACGAUCGGUCGCUCAAUGAUAUGGUGUCUUACGUUUGACCAGUUGUUAGCAUUUUGCCAGAGCUGCGGAGCAACAGUCUAUGGCCCCGUGAAGCGGAGCGGAGCUUUCCGAAGACAUUUCUCACUCCUAGUUUGCAUGGUGAAGCAGUUGUUAUCAAGUAAUGCGCAUUGGUUUGGCGGAGCCACUAAAAUUUGUACGGGAGAAAAGAUAGUGCACUUUACUACUGUUUUCUUAAAGACUGACCACUUAUUUCCGAGGCUGUAGCAUGGAUGAAGUACGGCCUACCACUGGUGCCCAAGCCCACGGGCUUGCGUCAAUCUUUCCCCCUGGAUUACAAGCCAUUUACGGGGAAUGCCGGCGUCUCUACCCCGAACAAGCCAACCCGCUCCAGGUUACAGCUAUUGUAAAGUAUUGGUUGGGAGGUCCCGACCCCUUGGACUACAUCAGCAUGUACAGGAACAUAGGGAACCAACCCCAGGAUAUCCAGGAGCAUUGGCACUAUGUCAGCUUCGGACUAAGUGAUCUGUAUGGGGACAAUAGAGUUCACGAAUUCACAGGUUCGGAUGGACCCAGUGGGUUUGGCUUUGAGCUGACUUUUCGCCUGAAACGGGAAGUGGGAGAAACAGCGCCACCUACCUGGCCGGCUGAACUCAUGCAGGGCCUGGCUCGCUACGUCUUCCAGUCUGAAAACACGUUUUGCAGCGGCGACCAUGUGUCGUGGCACAGCCCGCUCGACAACAGCGAGUCUCGUAUCCAACACAUGCUGCUGACCGAGGACCCCCAGAUACAACCUGUCCAAACCCCCUUCGGCACAGUCAGCUUCCUCCAGAUCGUGGGCGUUUGUACCGAGGAGCUGCAGGCAGCCCAGCAGUGGAACGGCCAGGGCAUUUUAGAGUUACUGCGUGGCGUUCACAUGGCCGGUGGUCCGUGGCUGAUCACAGACAUGCGAAGAGGGGAGACCAUUUUUGACAUUGAUCCACACCUACAAGAGAGAGUGGACCAGGGCAUCGAGACGGAGGGCUCCAACCUGAGUGGCGUCAGCGCCAAGUGUGUGUGGGACGACCUGAGCCGGCCCCCGGAGGAUGAAGAGGACACCCGGUCCAUCUGCAUCGGGGCCCAGCCACGCAGGCUCUCGGACAAAGACACCGAGCAGAUCAGGGAGGUCUUGAGGAAGGGCCUGGAAUUCAACACCAAGGCGGCGCUGCCCCCCAUCAGCGCCCAGAGGCACGGCCACGAGAGACCCCAGAGCAGGAAGGACAGUCUGGAGAGCGAGAGCUCGGCCGCCAUCGUGCCCCACGAGCUGGUGCGCACCCGGCAGCUGGAGAGCGUCCACCUCAAGUUCAACCAGGAGUCGGGCACCCUGCUUCCGCUCUGCCUCAGGGGCCGGCUGCUCCACGGGAGACACUUCACCUACAAGAGCAUCAACGGGGACACUGCCAUCACCUUCGUCUCCACGGGCGUGGAGGGGGCCUUCGCCACUGAGGAGCAUCCCUAUGCAGCCCACGGCCCCUGGCUCCAGAUCCUGCUGACGGAGGAGUUUGUGGAGCAGAUGCUCGGAGACUUGCAGGAGCUCAACACUCGUGAAGAGACUAAGCUGCCGAAGGAGUACAGUUGGCCAGAGAAGAAGCUGAAGAUCUCCGUGUUGCCAGACUCUGUGUUUGAUAAUCCGCUCCAGUGAGACCAGGCCCUGCACACGCACACACCCAACACAGACCCUCACCCACCCACUCCUCUCUGUCCAUCGCUUGGGCCCUCCUCUCCUCAUGUUCCUCCAGGCCUGUAACCGCGAGCACGCCCGACCCAGGUGCCUGACGCAAAACACCCUCACAACAUGGCGUGUUCCCUGGGAUUCUAUUGGACGACCAGAGACGGCUUCUCUGAGCCAAUCCCUGGCUGGGAUUGGACUUGUGGACGGCUCCGGUGGGGUGGUGGGGGGUGGGGGGGGCUUUCACAGUUCAGACGGCAGAUCUGAAGACUUUGAAGUCGCGCAGUGGCUCUGACUCUUGCCUUCUGCCUCAUGACUCCUUCUGGCUGCAGGGCACGGCUGUGUCUAUCCGGUGUUAGCUGCUUAAACCCACAACCUGCCGGCCCACAAGGUUUAGGCUUGGCUAUCUGGCUACAGUGAGACAGGGAUGUGUGUCUCAACCAUUCACCGGUAAGGUGGUCGGUCGACUCAGGCGGCUAGACGACAACGCAAACAGAAAUCAGCCCGCGGACCUGAAGGCACACGCAGAAAAGGAUUAAGCAAUGUAAGCAUCCUCAACAGACGCCCUGGUGCAACCCUGAAGAGACCGUUAUUACAUUAAUGACAUUGGCCAAUCCAAGGGCAGACAAGUCAACGUUCUUUCUAUUUUAUUCAGUGUUCUUUACAAUUACGUUUGAAUUUGUAUGUGUUGAAUUUUCAAAUGCUGGACAUUUCCGUUUCGUUGUCUUUAUGGUCAUACCAAAGAGAAAGCAGCUGCCACUUAUUGUCAAUGCAUUCAAACAAUACAUUUGCUGCAAUGUUUUUUACAGACUUUAUAAUCAUGUAUUUUUCCAUCACAGAACUUAUCAACAAAUGUUACAUUUUAUUUUCUUCUCGGCUACAUCACAAGUGCACGAACUCCUAACUUGUUUUUUCUUUUGCAUUAUUGUUACAAGACAUUUCUUCCGCAAAAUGUUUGAAUGAGUCGUAUUGGUUGUGUAUGUUUAAUUUAAUUGUAAGAUAAUUCAUAAUUUUACAUGCAAUGUGACCAUUGCAUGUGCUACACUACCACAAAUGCAAGCUGAUUCUGCAGAUUGCAUUGGAUUGGUGGAACACUGUUAAUUUCCUGCAGAACUCUAUGUACCCCAUCACUCAAUAUUCCCUAAGGCUCAAUAAGUGUAAUGCUGUUCAGUUUUUACUCUUCCAUGUAUUACAUCCAGUGGCUGGAAAAGUGUUCUCUGCAAUAAUAGCCUUCAACACAAGGACCGGAUUAAUGCUAAAGAAGUUCUUCAGUGCCUGUAGUUGACCGUGAGCUAUUUAGACGGUCGACUCUCCCUAAUUGUUUCAAAAGAAAGGCUACUGUAAUCUUUGGUUUCCUGAUCCUGUCAAUACAUUCCGUGUGAACUCCUAGUGAAGAGACUGUUAUUACAUAGUUCUAGUACAAAAAUGUGCGUGUUUUUUUUUAACAACAUAUGGGGGGGGUUCAAUCAUUAUUUUUUUCUACAGUCUCAUUUCACUGAACUUUCUACAUGUUUGUAUGUAAUCCCAAGUGCAUUAAGAUAUUUACACAAUAAAGAUACAAGAUUUUCUUGGAAACCUUCA